GACUACACUUCCUGGAGCUGCAGGGCUGGUUCACUAAUUGGACCAAUGGCUCAGUCAAAGGAACAGAGGAUUUUGGAGUUUGUAAAGGAAAAUGCAGCUAAAGGUGACCCCCAGAGCGUGGUGGACCACAUCGAUAAAUACUGCAGCCAAAAAGAAUGGGCUAUGAAUGUGGGAGAUGAAAAAGGCCUGAUUCUGGAUAAAGUGUUUCGAGAGACAAAUCCAACCACGGUUCUGGAACUUGGCACAUAUUGUGGGUAUUCUGCCGUCCGGAUGGCUCGGCUACUGAAGCAAGGAGGUCGUCUGCUUACUGUGGAGUCAAAACCAGAGCAUGCUACCAUUGCCAAACAGAUGAUAGAGUUUGCUGGCGUUCAAGAUAAGGUAGAGAUUCUGGAGGGCUCCACAGAGACAAUCAUCCCAAGUCUAAAAACUAAUUAUGGCGUGGAUCAGGUGGACUUCGUAUUCAUUGACCAUUUCAAAAACUUUUAUACAAGUGACACUAAGUUACUGGAGGAACGUGACUUACUCAAGAAGGGAUCUGUGUUACUAGCAGACAACGUGAUGUAUCCUGGAGCUCCAGACUUCCUUGAAUACGUCAGGACAAGUGGCCGCUAUGACUGCACUAACUACCCAUCUCAUGUAGAGUACUCAGACAAGUUGGAUGCCUUGGAAAAGGCAGUUUUUAAGGGCAAGUAAUGCUGAACCACAAGAUUGUAGAUUGUGUGGGCAUGGUCCUCUCCCCCUCUCAAUAGUUUCUUGUUUACUGUAUUUUUAUAUUAUGUAUGUCAAAUUAAUAAUAAUCUGUAACCUGUACAAAAAAAAUUGGGGGGGAGGGGAGAAAUUGUCGAAAUUCAAAAAAAUGAACAAUGUACUAUUAGAUUUUCACUGACAUUUGUAUUGCUAAAUAAACAGUGUAUAUCACUGCACCACUGAUACCAA